UAAAUCGACAGGUUUAAUAUUCAGACAAAUUUAAGGAAGGAUCAUGUUCAGAAAACCAAAUUCUCAAAUACACUUCAAAUUAUAAUCAAUUCAAUUGUUUAUAAUUUUCCCUUUAAAAGAUAAUGUGAGACAAUACAACACAAAAUUCAAAAUCAUCAACAUAUAACAUGGAAAUUGGUAGUGGAGGAAAGAAUAACAACACAAUGGACUCACGAAUUGGUUUAGAUUAUAUUGUUGAGAAUCCAGAAUAUAUAGCAAAAUUAGCUGGUGCUUUAGAUACUUCAAACAACAUAGUGAAAAAACAAGUAUUCGAAUUAUUAUCAGCUCUUUGUGUCUAUAAUGAACAAGGAUAUGCAAGAGCUUUAGAAACAUUAGAACAUUAUCAGAAACUAAAAGGCGAACGUUAUCGAUUACAAAUGAUAGUAAAUGAAUUAAAAAAAGAUGUAGCAAUAGAUUACCAAACAGCACUUAUCGCAUUUAUUAAUUGCGUUAUAAUUUCAACACCACGUCUUAGUGAUCGAGUUCGAUUACGUAAUGAAUUUAUAGGAGUUAAUUUAUUGCCUGUCAUUAACAAUUUGAGGCGUAUCGCAGUCAAACAUCCGGAGUUAGCUGUACAAUUGGAUGUAUUUGAUGAGCAACGUGAAAGUGAUGAAACUCAAACACUCCAGGGACCCCAUGGCGUUGAUCUCAAUUCACAUUUGGAUGUAUUUUACGCCAUUCUUAGACAAGUAGCCGAAACACCACAAGAAAUACCAUUUUUAAGUAUACUCCAACAUUUACUUCGUGUCGAUCCCAAAGAAGCAGUCAGCGAUAUAAUAUGGGAUACUGCUGAACGCCUUGUACAUAGAGCAACACUGUUAGAAACACGAGAAGAUGCUGCACGACUACUACGAGCACCAAGUUUACAAACAACGAAAUUCUUUAAUAGCUGCAAUUAUUGUCACCGUGGAUCAGAAUCUAGUCCAAGCCGCAAACAAUCAUUAAAUAGUACUUCACCAACCUCUCAAUCAGGACCACCACCACCUCCUCCUAUACCUCCAAGUGGUGGUGGAGGAUUUGUUCCUCCUCCACCACCACCAAUGUCAAAUAUUUUACCACCUCCACCACCACCCCCACCAGGUGGUUUAUGCCCACCGCCUCCACCACCGCCAGUUUUAGGCCCACCUUUAUCAUCUUCAACGGUAUCAAAAAGUCAUACAAAACCAACGUUAUUAACUGUGAAUUCAUCUGGUUCGCAAAUACAAAAUGAAAUGUUUGACAAUAAUGGUGAAAAGUUACCACAACAAGAUAUACCAAUGCCAAAAAAUAAGAUGAAAACUAUUAAUUGGAACAAAAUACCAAGUAAUAAGGUUGUGGGUAAACAUAAUAUUUGGUCAUUGGUCGCAAAUUCACAUCAGCAUUCACCAAUGGCCGACAUGGAUUGGUCAGAAAUGGAAGGUUUAUUUUGUCAACAAAUCCCUCCAUCUUCAUCUUGUAAUUCAUCACCACGGCUAGGUGGUCGUGAUCAUACUGAUAAUUCCGAUCGUAAAAUAAGAAAAGAUAAUAAUGAGAUAACCUUAUUGGAUGGUAAACGUAGCUUAAAUGUAAAUAUAUUCUUAAAACAAUUUCGAAGUUCUAACGAUGAUAUAAUACAAUUAAUUCGGGAUGGUGAACAUGAUGAAAUUGGUGCCGAAAAACUUAGAGGUUUAUUAAAAAUUUUACCAGAAGUUGAUGAACUAGAUAUGCUCAAAUCAUUUAAUGGUGAUUUUAAUAAACUUGGAAAUGCUGAAAAAUUUUUAUUACAAUUAAUACAAGUGCCUAAUUAUAAAUUGAGAAUAGAAAGUAUGCUGUUGAAAGAGGAGUUUGCAGCCAAUAUGAGCUAUUUGGAACCAAGUAUUAGUGCAAUGAUUGUAGCAGCUCAAGAUUUAAUGACAAAUAAACGAUUGCAAGAAGUAUUGUACAUGGUCGUAGUUGCUGGCAACUUUUUAAACUCGGGUGGUUAUGCUGGAAAUGCCGCUGGAGUACGAUUAACUUCUUUGCAAAAAAUUACCGAUAUACGAGCGAACAAACCAAAUAUGAACUUAAUACAUUUUGUAGCGAUGCAAGCAGAAAAGAAAAACAAAGACUUAUUACAUUUUCCAGAUGAUAUGAGAUUAUUAGAAGAAGCUUCUAAGACAACCGUUGAACAACUUCAUAAUGAAAUAAAUGCAUUAGAUGUUCGAAUUAAACAAAUUAAAAAACAAAUUGAAUUGCCGACUACACAAACUGAAAUCAAAACACAAAUGGCCGAUUUCCUGAAGAUGGCCGAACAAGAAGUAAGCGUAUUACAACGGGAUAUGAAUGAAUUAGAGAAUGUCCGUAAACGAUUAUCUGAUUUCUUUUGUGAAGACGUCAAUACAUUUAAACUUGAGGAAUGUUUUCGAGUAUUCCAUGGUUUUUGUGCGAAAUUUCGUCAAGCUGUUGUUGAAAACAAUCGUCGUCGUGUACAAGAGGAACAAGCUAAUGCACGUAGAAAACAACGUGAAGAACUUAUGGCUUCUAAACGAAAGCAAAUGUCGAAUAAUGGUCAAGUUUUAACGCCUGGUUCUGAUUCUGAUUAUAAUUUCGAUUUCGAUCCAAAAACCGGAUUUCCCCGAAAAAAGACUCUCAAAGUCUAUAACAAUGGAAAUGGAACUUCUGAUGACGAAGCUACAUCUGCAGCAGGAUCACCUUGUGUGUCAAGACGCCGUCUUGGUUCGUUUAAUGAUAAAGGGGAAAACGGUAGCCGUGAUGAUAAAAUAUCUCCAGAUAUUACACCAAAUGGUACCUUACGACGUAGAAAAAGUCGCGUGCUCUCUGAAGAGGAUGAAGGAAAUCUAAUGGACUUUUUACGUGCCUCAGGACACGAUACAAAUAGAGAACGAGGAAGUAAACCUUGGGGUAGUUUAGAUCGAUCGUGGGCACGACGUGCCAGAGGUGUACCAACAAGAAAACGUCCAGCACUUUUAGGAGUCGAUUUAAGUGGAGAUCGUGAAAGGCCAACAUCCCCGUCACCUCUUCAAGAAAAUAAACCAAUAUUAGCUGAACAAAUUCCAGUACCAGAAUCAAGACCAAAAGAAUGGAGGCAAAAAAUUGAAUCUUGGUUACAAGCUAAUGAGAAUGAUCAAAUAACUGAUGAACAACGUAAACAAGCCCGACGUACGCCUCCUGUUGUUAUUAAUCGUCGAUCGCUUGAAAUGGAUUCAGAAAGCGAACGAAGUAGUACUUUAGAUACUUUACAUGAAGGUAAAUUAGUAAACAGUGGACAAACUCAAUACAACAGAGUUUAUCCGGAUUGGAAGCCUUCAACAACAAUAGACAAGACUGACGUUGUUAGCGCUAUGGAAGCUAUAGAAGGUGCUCAAGUAAAAGACAAAUCUUCUUGGAGGAAAUCUAAUCUUAACGUUCCAAAUAGUUGUGGUGAAGUUGACAAAGAUACUAAACGACAUUCCAGUACUUAUAUCCGUCCAGAUCCUGAUAGUAAAUUAAAAUCUAUUGAAGAAGACAAUUCUCGAAAAGAACUUAUAUCAUCUUUGGCAGAUCAACCAAUAAAUCGUCUAACAAUUUACAUUCGAAGACCAAGUGAUAGCCCUUCAGAUGUAUCAUCAGUUAGGCAAAAAUAUCAGAAUGAUGAAAAUGUACCCCCAAUACCAAGACGACAAGGGCGAAAUGGAUCUUCUCAAAAUGUUAGUAACAAAGUAGAAAUUGAUUCUGAUAACAUAGAAACACCGCCUGCAACAAGAAGAAUAUUUUCACCGUCAAAUGAGGAAAUUUCGGUGGCAGUACCAACACCUUGUCGGCGAUUGGGUUCCAAACCAUUACGUAAUGAACCUGAAAGUCCUGACGCUGAUAAUUCUACACCAUUAGGUGAUGGACAAUUUGAUAGAUUUUCCUCAGCACGCAGAACUAGAAGAUAUAAAAGAACAUCUGAAGCAAGUAACGGAAGUGAGGCAACAUCCCCCGAAUUGGUAGCUGAAACUCAAGUAGUGCGACCCAAUCAAUUACAAUUAGAAAAAUCUUACCCUGUUUCACCAGAACCAGACAAAGAAGUGAGAUUAAAGAGGUGGCAAGAUCGUUUGAAAAAUCAUGGAGACAUUGACCCUGAACCAAAAAUAACAUCCCCAUCUCGAAAUAGACUAAGGAAUCAAACAAUUAUAAAUUCUUCGGACGUUCGAACUGCAAUGCGGGAAUUAAAUCAAAAACUAGUCAGUCCUAUCAAUGAAGACAAAAAAUCAAAAGAACACGAUAAUGAUGAAGGUUUCGAAGAAACGCAAAGUUUAAUGUCGGAAUCACCUAGUCAAGGAGCUUCAUCUGGUGGCAAUUAUGAAACUGAUAUUACAUCUUCUUCACCUCAAAUUGUAAUCAACGAUUACAGUAGCAAGCCAAAAAUGCAACGUCCAUCAUCCACGAAUGACAUAAACACACCAAAGAUUUUAAAGGGAGUUGGUAGCAAUAAUUCUGAACGUAUCCAGUCAUUAAUUCAACGAUCAACACGUAGUAUUAAUAAUACAAAGAACUCAUCAAUAUCUCAGGACAACUUAAAUAAGAAAAGUAUCAUUCCACGACGAACGUCAAGUUUAAAGAAAAUUAAUUCACAAAAUAAUGUUGUGCCAUCCAAACGAAAAUCAACAAGUGUAGAAAGAUCAACAUCUCGAUCGAGUUUAGUUAGCUCAAGAAGCUCUUUAAAUAGUUCCGCUUCUGUAAAUACUGUUAAAAAAGCACCAGUGUUCAAUAGGCCAACAUUAGUAGCUACAAGUAAUAAACAAACUACACCAUUAAAAAGUACGAAUUUAAUUAAAAAACCUUUAGGUUUAGUACAACCAAAGAGUACGAAUACAAUAGGCGUACGAAAAGUACCAUCUAGAUCAUCUCUAACAGCAAAUACUCCAACAGUAGCUACUCAAAAGCCACCAAGACAUAGUGGUGCACCAACUUUUAUGAAACCGACAACAUCAAGCGCUACCAAAACAAAUCCAUCGAGUCAAAUUCGUAAUUACGUAUCUGCACCAUACCGUAGCACAAUAAUCAAAUAAAUGAUACAAAAUAUUUCCAUUAACCACGUAGUAAUUAAAAAAAUUUAUGCUAGUUUAUUAACUGUAAAAUAAGAAUAGAAAUAAAGUAUACCAAAAAUUGCAUAUAAUAUAUAAUUCAAAUCGAUCAACAUUUCCAUUGAUUAUUUCCAGAAAUUGUUGCGGAGAACUACCAUUAAAAUUUCGACUAUUUAUUAUCUAGAAAAAUUAAACCAUAACGAUUUAAAAAUAACUCUAUUAUACAAAAGGUAUGGAGAAAAUAAAUUCCUCGUCCAGUUUCAUUUUUUUACUAUUGUUAUUAUCAUUGUGACAUAUAUUCAGGUGGUUAGCUCAACGUAGCUCGAAAUUUAAGCGUUUGCAAGCACACAAGAAAUUAAUUAGAUUAGAUGAUAAGACAGUGUAGUUUCGUCAUCAAACAGAUCUGUCAAUAUUAAAACUUUUAUUAUAAAUACACCAAACGUUUCUGGUAUCGACUUCUUGUUCUUAUCUACAAUUUAAUCUGCAGAAUAGAUUAGUUUAACCAAGUUAACAAAAUUAUCAUGGAAGAACUAGAACUCUAAACGCGCAUUUAAUACGGACGCUGUACGAUUCGAGUUGCGAAAAUGUGGCGACCACCAAUGGUAAAUUGCAUGCUUAAUUUUCCAAUGCAUGUUAAUUUCAACUUACUUGAGCAUAGUAAACAAUUUUAGAAAAAUACUCCGUACGUGUAACCGAACUUUUGCAAGAUACGUCUAAAAAAAAUAUUUUUAAAAUACUGCCCAUUGUAUCAACGCACAAUUAUAGUCCCUUUCCAUUUUCUUUUUUCAAAAAUUAAAUGAAAUAGACAUUACUAGCUAAUAAAAAGAUAGGUUGUACCUACAGAUAAUCAUUUUAGGGAGGUUUUUAUUUAUAAAAAAAUGUUUACUUAUCUUAUUUAAAAAUUAAACAAAUAAAGUUUUAUGUUAGUUCUCCAACUUUUACUCUGACAAGACAAAAGUACAUUAUUUCAAAAGACAAAGACAAGCAAUAUUUUUUAAUUAGUCAAAUUUAAAAAGGUCUAAGACAUGCGCUUUAAUUUGUGUUAAACCAAAUCGUUAACUGAUUUAUCUUGAAUGCAAAUAAUAUGAAAUUAUCUCUAUACAGCUUGGCAACCAUCUCGUUAGCCAUUUAUAAUAUAUGAAGUAAGAAGAGUAUAAUAUAUGAAGAAAGACAUCACAUAUCCAGUCAGGUUUGAUGUGUCUGGUAAUGCCUGGAAAUGUUAGUGCUAUACAACAUUGAUGUGUUGUUUUCUUUGUUUUAUGCAUAAGAACAUCUUACUUCAUAUAUUAUAAAUGGCUAAUGAGAUGGUUGCCAAACUGUAUAUCCAAUAUCAAUGACUAAAGAAAUUUUCUUAGUUAUACACAGAAUUAAUGGUAAAAUUCAUUCAAAUUAUCGAAUAGAUUAUCUAGAUUUUUAAAAUAUUUUGAAUUUUAAUGUAGCAUUAGUGGAAACUGACCUUUCUAAACACCUUUUGCGUUUCGCACACUCUAAAAUUCGAUCAUAUUCCCUAUGUUUUUGAUUCAAAAGAAUUUAUAACUCUUUAUAAAAAAUUAUUAAUUUCUUUAAAAUGUUGUUGGUAAACUUUCAAAUUAGACCCAAUUUCUAGAUCAAAAUUCUCUUCAAUCUUCGGUAUGAAUUAUCAUAAUUAUAAUUGUAAUCGCAAUUAUUCUCCAAAGAAAUGUUACUUGUCGCUAAUCAGGUAACUAUUUCAUAACAUUUUUAUAUCUUUUUUGUGAAGUGUCAACUUUCCUUUUAAUUGUAUUGUCACUACUGCGCUAGUGAUCAAAUUUCAGGAAAUAAUAGUUUGGACAAAUGGUGUAGAAAGUGAGAUUAUAUACUGCAUUAAAAUGAGUAGGGUGCUAUAAUCAAUACACGAGCCAAUAGACGUAUGCAGAAGUACUUUCCCGCACUAGUACGUCACUUGACCACUUUAUCACCGCUAUGCCAUGCUCAAAAAUCAUCAAAGAGAAUAUUAUAAAAAAUACAUUUGUUUAACCCAAAAAAAAAACACCCG